CCGGAGAGAGUGCACGUCUCUGUCUUCCCCGCACCGCACGCGAAGCGAACGAUCGCGCAAUUAACAUUAAUUAAAAAAUAAUCAUUACAUACUAAGUGUUGUGUUCGAACUGGAUUUAAAAGUGUUUUGUGGAACCUUUUUCUGUGACCGCCAUUUUUAUUGGACUUUUAUAAUUUUUUUACCACUUCAUGAAAAUAUAAGGAUUGCAUCGUGGUGUUAUACAUUAUUCAAGUAUAAUCUCAUGUUCGCGAAAACAAGAAGUUUAUAACAUCAAGCUGCCUGCCUAAUAUUAGGUUCCCGGUGGCGUAUACAUGGGAUGUUAUGGGCUCACGCGGCGUAGCGAAAUGGCGUUGGUGGGUGGUGGUGGUGGCGUGGUCCUGGGGAGCAGCGGCGCGCACUCUGUGUCCUGCUCGAUGCGCCUGCGACGACGCGCUACGGGCAGCUUCCUGUGCAAACGCGGGCCUCGAGAUAGUCCCUAUACAACUCAAUCCAGAAGCCACCCACAUCAACCUCACUCACAAUAUCAUCAACAAUCUGCUCUACACUUUUGCGUUUUACACACAACUCACUGUCUUAGACAUGUCGUACAACAAAAUACAAGACUUAGAUAGUAAAAACUUUGAAAACAACAUGGAAAUGACUCAUCUUAACUUGAGUCACAAUCUUUUGAAACAUCUAGAUAAAGACACUUUCAUCGGACUGAAGAAGCUGGUCGAUUUAGAUUUAUCUAACAAUGUGAUAUCAAAUGUCCAUGCGCAGACUUUCAAAGAUUUAUCGGUACUAGAGAAGCUUGAUCUAUCAAACAAUAAGUUAGUGAGUUUCCAACCGGAUACAUUCGAGCCCCUGUCGACGUUGAAGAUUUUAUCGCUCCGAAACAAUUCCAUAUUAGACAUACCGUCUGCCAAUCUUUUCUUCGUUGUUCAUUUGGAAUUUUUAGAUUUAUCUGAGAAUUUAAUACAACGAGUUCCCAAACAUGGUAUGCCAUAUUUAAAGGAAUUGAAACAUUUUGAUUUGAAUAGCAAUAUAAUUGAAGAAAUAGACCAAUUAGGUUUCCAUAAUUUGCCAUCAUUACGUCAUUUGGAUCUCAGUGAUAACAAUAUGACAUCAAUACCUACAUCAGCAAUCUCGAAGCUUUCAAAUUUGUCACAUCUAUAUCUUAGUGGCAAUUUUUUCCAAAACGUUACCGCAUUAUCUUUUCAAAGUCUAUUUCAUUUGAAGCACUUACAUCUUAGUAGACUUUAUGAUCUUGAAAAAAUUGACUCGAGAGCAUUUGUUGACAAUAUAAACCUGCAAAAAAUAUGGAUGAAUGAAAACGUAAAAGUGGGGGAGGUUCCACCAAGAUUAUUCCACGGAAACCCUAAAUUAACACAUAUUUACAUGAGAAACAAUGCACUGGGGACUCUUGAGGCUUCUCAUUUUCCUAUCGAUAGAUUACAAGAGCUAGAAAUAUCUGGGAAUCCUUUCAUCUGUAAUUGCUCCCUAUUGUGGUUAUGGAAACUUGGAAGAGAAAGUGAAAUCAACAGCAAAAGAGCAAGAAAUGAUACUUUAACACUCAAGAUAGACUAUGAAGAUGUGAAAUGUGCUGGCCCUGCACAUUUGAAUGGAGUUCUGUUUGUUCAGAUUCCGGAGUCAGAAUUUGGAUGCUCAAGCGGAUGGGUCAUAGUGGCAGUAGUGGUGCUAACUGUGAGUAUUAUUAUAAGCGUGGUUGGUGGAGUUUUAUACUUCAUGGGACCUUUGAAGAAGUGCAAAGGGGACAAGUCAAAACAAGUGAUGACGAGUGUUAUGUUAAAUGGUGAUGUGUCAAAAUUAGGUAAUGGUUUAGGUUACUCAACACGAGGUCGGGAACAGGAAAAUAAACGGGAAGUAGAUCGGUAUCUCAUGAUUGGGUCAUCUGUGACGAAUAACUUCCAUUCUCUUAAUCCUCCUUGGCACAGUGUCGAUAAGAAUCCGUACUAUCAAGAAGACAGUGAGGAACACAUCUAUCAACAGUUCGCAUAUGAAACUAUCCCUCCUCACCGGACACCAGAGAAACCGCAUAUAGUGUACGUGUAACAUAAGUUUUGCGCAAAGGACAAUAUGGCGAAUAUAUUUUCUUUGCAGCAGUACAUGACUAAACAAGUGUAUCGUCAAAUAGACAAUGAACAUUGAACAAUUGAAUUUGCAAUAAUGUAAAUAGUGAUACGAUUGAAAUUGUAAUAUGUGAUAGCUUUGUAUAUAGUGGUGUAAAUAUAGAAACCAAGGCAGGAAGACAUUAAUUUAGAGAUUUAACUCUACAUUUUGUACUUAUAUUAUUUAGUCAUGUUAUACAAAGAUCGAGUCGAAUUUUUUGGACAUGUAAAGUAGGGAUAUUUUAUAUCGAUCUAUUGUUUUGUUUACUAGUUCCUCUGAAAUAUGGGUACUCAAUAAGUUUAAGUGCUUUGUAUAAAGUUCAUUAAUAAUGAAUUAAAUAAGACUUCAUGUGUAAUUGUAUAGUAUAUUGUAUAUUUUCAGAAUUAGAACACCAAUACUUGAUGAAAACUUUGUACAAAUAUGAGCAAUAUAGAUACUAAUUUCAAAUACUAUAUGUCGUUAAUUUUAUCCAGGAUAUUGUUAUAGCAUACCUAUUAGUUUUAUUUAGAUGAGAAAACAUUUUCUGAAUAAUAAUAUACGAUGCUUAAAACAUUAACCUUUAUACGCAAGCAUAUAACUUGACAUAUAACCAUAAAUAUAAACCAGUUGCUCUGAUGGUAAGGGGUACAAAUAGAUACAGUUUUAUUGGCUAUUUUUGUAAAUUGAUUUCCUAAUAGGUACUUCAAAGCAUUUGUGUUUUAUAGAUAUUCUGAAAUUGAUAUUUUUAUACUUAGUGAAUAUGUAUUGGUAUUGGUUCAAAAGCUUUUGAUCUGUCUGAAAAUGGUAGAAAAAAUAUUUUUAAACUACGAAUGAAAAGAGUUUUAAAUAUAUUUAAGAUUCAAAUUUUCCUACAAAUUAUUUCCCAAAUUGCUAAACAUUAUGCGGAAUAAUAGUUUGUGAAUCACAAGGAACAAGUUUUAAUGAAAACAAUGCAUUAGACAUUUCAAGCCUUUUGAAACGUUCUACAAAUGAAUCUGCUCAUACUAAAGUACUCGUAUAACCUUACCUGUUUCGCAAUACAAACUCUUACGAUACAAAAUCUAUUGAACCAAAUCAUAUGUUCUAGUUGAAGUAAAAUUUUUCAGACGCCGAUUUUUAUAACGUUACAACUUAAUAAUAAACGUAAAGAAUUAUUGCAUAGCCACAAGUUACAAUACCUAACCAAUCGACGAUACCUACAGUCAUAAUGAUAGUGUAUGUAAGCCUAUUUAUACUUACUACUUAAAAUUUUUGUUAUGAAACUUAUUUAAAUAUAUAAUGCAU